UUCCCGCCAAAACUCAAAACCCCUCUUCUGAAAACCCAAUUUCAUCGCCCACCAAUACCAAAACACACACUCUUUCUGUCUCCUCCUCCUUCCACUCGUUUCUCCGUCGCCACUGAAACUCCAUCAAUGGACAUCAGUGAAGAAGCAUUUGCAGCUCACAAGCGCACCUUCCUCGACUUCUUAGAUCACGAUGUGGGACAUGGGAUCUACAUGGAUACCAUCCGGAAAAUGAUAAUGAACAAGCAACGUCGUCGUCUCAUCGUCAACAUUUCCGACCUUCAUGACUACAAUUCCGACUUAGCUCGCAGGUUAUUGAGGAAUCCGACUGAGUAUAUUCAACCAUUUUGUGAUGCCGUAACGGAAGUGACACGAAGCAUCGAUCCCAAAUUCUUGAAGGAAGGAGAGCAAGUUGUGGUUGGAUUUGAUGGCCCUUUUGUUUCAAGGAGGGUUACUCCUAGAGAUCUUCUCUCAAAGUUUAUUGGUUCUAUGGUUUGUGUUGAGGGCAUUGUCACCAAAUGCUCUCUUGUGAGGCCCAAGGUUGUAAAAAGCGUUCAUUUCUGCCCCUCAACUGGCAAAAUCAUUUCUAGAGAGUAUCGAGAUAUUACAUCCACUACAGGCUUACCUACUGGUUCUGUCUAUCCCACCCGGGAUGAGAAUGGAAACCUACUGGUGACUGAAUAUGGAUUGUGUAAAUACAAAGAUCAUCAAACUUUAUCGAUGCAAGAAGUGCCAGAAAAAUCUGCCCCUGGUCAGCUUCCAAGAACUAUAGAUGUUGUAGUUGAGGAUGACCUUGUUGAUGCAUGCAAACCUGGAGACCGUGUUGCAAUAGUUGGUAUAUACAAAGCUUUACCAGGGAAAAACAAGGGUAGUGUGAAUGGAGUAUUCAGGACAAUUCUCAUUGCUAACAAUGUGACCCUGCUGAAUAAAGAGGCAAAUGCACCAAUUUAUUCCACUGAAGACUUAAAGAACAUUAAGAAGAUUGCUGAUAGACAAGAUAUAUUUGAUCUUCUUGCCAAUUCCCUCGCGCCAUCUAUUUUUGGACACAUUUGGAUCAAGAAAGCAGUAAUAUUACUUAUGCUUGGCGGAACUGAGAAGAACUUGAAGAAUGGAACUCACUUAAGAGGUGACAUAAACAUGAUGAUGGUUGGUGAUCCUUCUGUUGCCAAGUCCCAACUUUUAAGAGCAAUCAUGAACAUUGCUCCAUUGGCCAUUUCUACAACUGGUCGUGGUUCUUCAGGUGUUGGUUUAACAGCAGCUGUAACUUCUGAUCAGGAAACAGGAGAAAGAAGGUUAGAAGCUGGCGCCAUGGUUCUUGCUGACCGUGGUGUCAUAUGCAUUGAUGAAUUUGACAAAAUGAAUGACCAAGAUCGCGUUGCUAUACAUGAAGUCAUGGAACAGCAGACAGUGACCAUUGCCAAGGCUGGUAUCCAUGCAUCUCUAAAUGCUCGAUGCAGUGUUGUAGCUGCUGCAAAUCCUAUCUAUGGAACUUAUGAUCGAUCUUUGACUCCAACAAAGAACAUUGGAUUGCCGGACUCCUUACUUUCUCGUUUUGACUUGCUAUUUAUUGUGUUGGACCAAAUGGAUCCUGAAAUAGAUGGUCAUAUUUCAGAGCAUGUCCUGCGUAUGCAUCGUUACCGUUCCGCACUAGAUGGAGGUGACGGAACACUUGAUGGUUCACAAUAUGGGGGAGAAGAAGAGGCGGAUCCUGGUUCAUCUGUCUUUGUUAAGUUUAAUAGGAUGUUGCAUGGAAAGAAGGCACAAAGGGGUAGGAAGCAGGAGUCUCUAACAAUCAACUUUUUAAAGAAGUAUAUACAUUACGCGAAGCACAGAGUUCAGCCAGAGCUGAGCGAUGAGGCAUCUGAAAAUAUUGCAACGGCAUAUGCAGAGCUUAGAAAUGCUAACUCUAAUGCAAAGGGUGGUGGAACUCUCCCUAUCACUGCUAGAACACUGGAAACAAUUAUACGGCUUUCUACUGCACAUGCGAAGCUGAAAUUGAGCAGAACGGUAUUGAAAUCUGAUGUUGAAGCUGCUCUUAAAGUUAUGAACUUUGCUAUAUAUCAUAAAGAGUUGACUGACAUGGAUGAGCGUGAGGAAGCAAGGGAGAGGGAAUCAGAAAGAAAACGGCAAGCUGAUCAUGAUGCCAACGACAAUGAGCAGGUUCCACGCAAUCGUCGAAGGGCUAGGUCCGGCCAAGCAGAGGAAGCUGCCACAGAGGGUGAAGCAACAGAAGCCAUGGAUGUAGAUGAGCCUCCUGCAGACCAAUCAGAAAUCAACGUAACUCCUGAGAGAGUAGAAGCAUUUGAUUCUAUAUUGGGUCAGCACAUGCGAGCAAACCACUUGGAAGUGAUAUCAAUCACAGAUAUUGACAGGAUAAUCAAUGCAGAGGCAGCCACUAGUUACUCAAGGACAGAGAUAACGUUUCUUUUAGAGAGACUACAAACGGAUAACAGACUGAUGAUCGUUGAUGACAUGGUGCACAUGAUGUAGAGCUUUUCAUGAAUGUAUAAAAAGUUGACGGAGGUUGAAUUAGUGAAGCAGCAUAUCCGAUUCAACAGAAAGAACAAGUAGAUUGUAUUAUGGCAACUGGAUUGAACAUUUGUAGUUUAACCAUGCUGUAUUCCCUUACUUUUUAUAAGAGCAGUUUCGAGAUUAGAUUUAGAUGAUGUUUUCCAUUGAAUAUGAUUUGGAUUUGACUGAAGCUUAAUGAAUUAGGUUUAGGUUUGUUGGACGGAUACUUGAGGUGUUUCUUUUGCUAUAAAGGAUCUCAUAAUGGUUAAAUUGUCUUGAAUUCA